AUGACCUCCCCUUCCGCAACCGUUCUCACGGUGCUUUCGUGUGUCUUUGGCUAUAUAUUGUACAGAGUUGUACACAAUGUGUUCUUUCACCCACUUUCCCACAUUCCAGGCCCCUGGACUGCAGCACUGGGUGAUUUCUGGAUGGCUUCUCACUGGCUGAGCGGCACUUGGCAUCGAGACAUAGAAGCACUUCACCAAAAAUACGGGCCUGUGGUGCGUGUUGCGCCAAAUGAACUCUCUUUCUCCGGAGUCCAGUCCAUCAAAGACAUCUACGCCACCCGCCAAUACACCGCGCCCAAUUUUUUCAAGAAGUGUAGCACGUUCUAUCUUCAGUCGGACGUGAAAUACCCGUCCAUUGGAACGGAAGUUGAUCCGGUGAAGCAUUCGGAGCUCCGCAAGAUGAUCUCACCCGGCUUCAGCCCACCGACUCUAAGAUCUCAAGGAUAUAUCAUCAUGGGAUACGUUAACACCCUGGUGAAGCAGAUUCAGGAGCGCAGUGGUCAGCCUUUGGAUAUGAACAGGUGGUUUCUGUGGUUCACGUUUGAUGUUAUCACCGAUUUGGUAUUCGGAGAGUCACUGAAAAACGUGGAGCGAGGUGAACCCGACCAGUGGCUUACGAUGCUCCAAGGAAGUGGGCCCACCUUGGCUGUUGCUUACAUCUUACGGCGGCAGCCCAAAGCAGUCAUCUCUGUGCUCAGGCGGCUAUUGGCUAACAAGAAGAGCGCUGAGAUGCGAGCCUACCACGUCAGAAUGAGCCAAGAAAUGGCGAAGCGACGAAUUGCCAAAGGCGCAACAGACCGGGAGGACAUUUUCAACCAUCUCGUCGGCGCAGGCUCACAACAGCUGGACCCAGAGGUCCUUGCAUUGCAGGGUCCGACACUUAUCGGUGCUGGAUCCGAAACAACUUCUUUGACCCUCAUGGCAACCACUUACCAUCUUCUUCGGAAUCCCGCCAAGCUAUCCGUGCUUCAAGAUGAAGUCCGCAGCGCGUUCAACGAUCGCAGCGAAAUUGACAGUGAAAGCACCAAGACUCUCCGCUAUCUCAACGCAGUCAUUGAGGAAGCCCUCCGUCUUACGUCUCCAGCAUCCUUUGGACUACCGCGCAUAUCCCCGGGCGCCAUGGUCGAUGGUGUAUGGGUUCCAAAAGGGACAAGGGUGUUCGUAGCAGAAAACGUCACUGCCCGUGAUCCACGGUUUGAGAACGAUGUUAAGGAUGCGUCGAAGCCUUUCUUAAUGGGGCCACGAGCGUGCUUGGGGAUGCAUCUGGCAUAUUUGGAAAUGCGGUUGGUCAUUUCCAAUUUGGUGUGGCAAUUUGACUGGACGCUGGGUGAUGAAGGCGUGGACUUUGAUAAAGAUACGAAGCUACUCGGACUGUGGCGUCCAGCACCAUUGCCCGUCACAUACAAGCCCGUCCACUAA